CGAGGCCUACACCGCUUGUUACUGCCAGGAGGCCCAACUCCGUGCCGCCGCCGCGGCGGUAUGCGCCCGCGUCCGAGAGCAAGACGCCCGCGGGCACGCCAUCAACGCGAGAUCGUCCAAAAACACAAGAGCAGGCGGAACGAGCGACGCACGCGACAGACGCGCCGUCGGCGCGAGCGUCACGCGCACAAAACGCGCAGGUCCGUCGUCACGAACAGCCUCUUCGGCCUCGGCGCGCCGGAGCUCGUCGUCAUUCUUGGGUUGGGCGCCUUCGUGCUCGGCCCGGACAAGCUCGCGAGCAUGGCGAAGGACUUCGGGAAGGUGGCCGGCGAGCUCAAGGACGUGCCCAAGGAGUUCAAGGAGGGAUUGGAGGAGGGCGAGGCCGCCAAGGCCGCGCGGGUCCUCGAGUCGGGCGAGAAGGAGGAGGAGUCGGCCUAG